GAAUGUAACUUCGUGAAAAGGGCUUCUGUAGUGGCGUCGCGUCAGACGCUUAGCUAAUAGUAAUAACACGGUAAAACGACGGAUAUUCGGUUCUCGGUCAGUAUUACGAGGCGGUGUUAGGUUGUCAGUAAUGUAUAUUGGUCCGUCGUCUACACUUUGAAGGCUCUCUCGUAGCACUGAUAAUGCUGAAAAUGAAGCUACCGACGAAAACGGGCGAGGAAGGAGGUAACCAAACGGCUAAGAACGAUUCAUUGGAUCGGCCGAAGCACCAACAUGUUCUCGGGGCGGCAUCUCCCUCCGUGGCGUAUGACAAGCUGGGGGACUCGCCCAGACCUCCGGUGUAUCCACCACAACUGGACAAGGAGAGCGUCUUUGAGUGGUUCGGCCUGCACCUAAACCCUGCUAAGCGUAUCGAGUUCAUGUGCGGGCUGUUGCAUAUGUGCCAACCCCUGGAGCUCCGUUUUUUAGGAUCUUACUUGGAGGAUCUCGCUAGAAAAGAUUACCAUGUUUUACGGGACUUUGAGUUUCGAGCAAAUAAUCCGAGCGAUUUGGGAGUGUUAACGGACGUGGUUGACCCAGUGAUCAGGUCUAAACUCCUAGUCUGCCUGUCCCUCCUCGGGUCUGACAGCAGGGAAUGUGCUGGAAUACUCUUUCGGAUACUGAGCCAUGUCAACCCGGCCUUGUUCUGCAAAAAUUACGAGUGCCCCCUCCCUCCAUUUAGGGACUCUCACGUUCACUUGCCGUGUCAGGCCGACAAUAUGUACGGAGGUUCAGAAGAAGACUGCGGCUUCUCUGCAAACGACACAGCCGGAGGACCUCUGGAGCAGAUUGCGCUGCUUUUUACUAUGGCGUCCCUGCACCCAGCCUUCCACUUCCACCAACGCCAAGUUGUUCGGGAACUGCUCGACAAAAUAGAGCUGGCUAUGGAGGAGGGAAAGCGUCAACGCCAGCGUAGAUUAAACGUCCAAGCAACGGAGCUGAUGGGCCAAAAGGGAGAUUACCUGGCCUCUCAAGGGCUUGGGCUAGGAGAGUGUCCAGCCUCCCAUCCACCUUGCCAGAGCCGACGGUCCAGCCGCAGGGCAACACAGAGAGAAGCUGUGCAUAUCGAGGGAAUUGUGCUUAAGGGCAUCUGUCGGAAGAGAACGGACAAGGAAUACAAUUUUGAGGUGACCUGGUCCGACUCCUCUUUCAGCCAAGUGACCAAAACCCAUUUUGAGCUGGAGAACUUCCUCCUGAAGCUUCCUAAGGAUCAGUGUACAGAGUCUUUUGAGAAGAGCAUCUUGAGUCUUUUGAACCAGGGGGGCCAGUAUGAGAGCAGGGAGGUGGAGAAGAACCUCAGAGAGAGGUUCCUGUCUGCGCCUCCACUGUUCAGGCAGACCAGAAAGGUCUGCAGCUUCUUCAACUGUGAUUCCAGUUGCGCUGCCAAACCUACUUGUAGCAGAUGCAACUGUCAGCUGGGCACAGCCUACCAGGGAGACUGCUCCGAUGCCUCCAGUCAGGAGGAAGAGUCGUAUCUACAGGGACACAAGAAAAAGCACGGGUCCAAGAGUCCAUGUCAGCUCAGUCUGUCUAGUGCCAAAGGCUCCCAGGUGGACCCUCACAGGGGAGGACAUGCUGCAGAGCUCAAUGGGCCUGCAGAGAGGAGAAAGAAGAGCUGCGCACCGCGAAGUAGCCAGGAAGCCGAACAGCACCAGGACACAGACAAGAGAAGCCACCCAUCCACCAAAACCAAGAGCAGAGUGCUGCCCACAGAAGGAGACAAGGUGAAGUGCAAGUCUGUUACCUUUGUGUCCAACGGGUGUUUGGUAGCAGCCCCGAGGAAAGAUGGCGGUUCAUCAUCAGAAAGCUGCAGCUCCCCAUCCAGCCCACAGCACCGAGGACCAGAGAGCCUGGAAAGUGAGGAUGAACCCAACAAAGAUACAGAUAGCCCCUGUGAUGAUCUCUGUAAAGGACCGGGCUCUGACAUGUUCUUCACCGGCCAGACUGAUUCUGCUGUGCUGGCGGAGGCCUCCUUCAGCAGCCUGGAGGGGAGAGCAGACUUCCCACAUAUUUCCUUCAUGCAUAAUGUGAGCUACAUACUCCCCAAUGGAGCUGCAGAUGCUGGGCUCCCAUUGGGUUCACUUCCUGGCCAGAGCCUGGUUCCAGAGGGAAAGCCCUCAUCAGGGCCGCUAAUGAUUCCGAUGCCCACACUGCCUCCAGCCGUCUCUGGAAUUGUGGACGACCCGGAGAAGAGGGAUGUUGUCCAAACCUUUGGGAUUCCACCUACUGGACUGCAUCCUGCAGGAAGUUCUGCUAUGCAGCCUUUGGUCCAGGGCUUCAAAACAGCUUUGUCUCACAGCCAGGGUGGCACUGACGGAGUGCUGGGGAGUGGCUCUUCACCUGCUGCACCGCAGGUUUCACACCAGGGUCCAAUCAGACCCAUCAGCGUCAUGUCUUCUCCGAUACUAACCUGCCAAGACCCAGCCAAUGUCAGCCCGGGCCUGGCCUCUUCUCUACCACAUGUGGAGACAUCGCAAAGCAAGCGCCCAGGCUUACCGUCUGCCCUGCCUUCUCCCUACACCCUGCCCCCCGUCCCAAUGCCAACUCUGGGGGCACCUGUGACCCCUGUUCAAUCCCCUGGACAAGUACAAGCUGCUGUUCCCCCAGCUGUGCCCACACACACCCCUGGACCUGCUCCAAGCUCCAGCCCAGCACUUACACACAGCAUAGCACACAGCGACUGUACAUCCUACAGUAACAGCAGUGCUUCCAGUGGAAGCACCCCGGUCGCUCCUGGUAGCCCUCUCACUCUCCAGCAGACCCAGCAGCCAGCAGCACCGCAGCAGCAGCCGCCAAUGGGCUGCGGGAUGUGCGGCUGUCACAAUAACUGCGGCAGCCGAAGCAGCAGUGCGAGCGUCGCCUCCGGUCAGACGCCUUUAUUCUUCCCUGGCCACCAGAUGGCAGCAGCGCACCAGAUGUUCAGUGUUCCUCCACCGCUCUUCCAGAUCACAAGCCUGUGCAAUAACAGCUACCUCACCCAGGCUCACCCUCCUCACCAGGCCAACGGACCCACCUCCCUGCCCCCUUACUUCCCCAGCGCUCCUCCAGCACAUCCACCCCCUUACCUUAACACUCACACCCAAAGUCACGCAGAGGUUCCAUCGCACAUGCUGGCCACGCAGGCUACAGCAGUGGUAGCCGCCGCCAGCUACAGCCUCCAGCAGCCGAUGGCUCCAAACACAUCGUUCUGCCACCAUGUCUACCAGCAUGUGUACCCUCCCCUGGGGAUGCUGCCUCCCUCUCUGUUGGGGGGAGGUGGCGUCAAUAAGAAGAACGGGAACGUGUCCUGUUAUAACUGCGGUGUGAGCGGCCACUUUGCUCACGAAUGCAACCAGCCCUCCAUUGACUCCACACAGCAAGGUGGGUUCCGGUUAAAGUACGCACCGUCCCACAUCUCAGACGGCCCUGACAACGCUGACUGAAGAACACGAGGAGGAUGGAGAGAAGUUCCUGCGACCUCGUUUCCAUGGCAGCAGCCUCUUCCCUGGGAGCUGCUUGUGAGCAGCGUGAUUAAGCUUCUGCGUUCGCCACCACAUCCUCUGAACAGGACCGACCUGCCAAGGGCUCCGUGGACAAAACCUGAGUACUCGUGCCUGGGAAAAUCUUCCUCCCGUGGGGUUUACUCACUGUCACUCAUUGCACACACAAACUGUCCAUGUGACUCGAAGCCCCACCCCCUUUCAGUUGGUUUUUGAUAUUUUUGCACUGAGGGUCGGAAAUGAUUAACUUAUUAAUUCUUAGGAAGUGAAAGCUAUUUUGAGGAUAUUUAGUUUUAACAUUAAUGCGGAGCCUUCGGUCUCGACUGGGAGCUUCUUAAACACUUAUUUCUAAGAGAGAGCGUAUUUAUGCCUUUUUCCUAACUGUUCACGAUUUUAUUGUACAGCAGUUUUCAAAGAUUACAAAUCAAAGAUUGAUUUUGUUUUCAAUUUUGCUGUAAGGUUUUUGAAUGUACGUUUAAAAAGGAAUCUGAUUCAGAGUGGACGGCUCUCAUGCAUUUUUGCCACUUGGUGUGUUUUUAGUUGAAGGGUAAUUGCUGCUGCUUUGUAAUUUAAUUUUCUUAUUGUUUUCCAUUUUUUAAAGUUAUUUUACUUGGUCAGAUGCACUAUAGAGAAGCAGGAGCGACUACAACAUUCUGCACCGGAUACACGUUUAGUGGUGUUCAUUUGAAAUCUGCAUGAAUUGGCAAACUAAUGAGUAUUUUAUGUAAAACGUUGUUUCAGGUGUAGAACCGAUUUUUAUGGCUAACAGCGAAAAAGUUGAAGCGACAUACUGUAGAAAUAAAACUGGGAUUCCA